CCGUGCGGAAACCUGCGGCGCGCGCGUAGCACCAGCGGACUGGAGGACACGCGCGGCAUGUGAAUGAUCCGGUCCGACGCGCCGCUCGCAUCGCGACGCUGGAGUUUGAAUCCGACGGCCGCUCGACGCGUGUUUACCGACGCUCAGUGCUGAAGUGGUCAUGUUGAGUGUUUGUGCUCUGCUGCUGCUGGCGGCUCCUGUGGCUCUCGGCUCUGACUCGGACGCACAGAGACCCCGACACGACUCCAACCUGGAGAUCUAUAAGCGUCUGUUCGAGAGCAAGAGGAAGGAUCAGCUGAACGCACUGAAGAACCUGGUGGAGCUCAACGACGUCAACCAGCAGUACAAGAUCAUCGACAUCAUGCUGAAGGGCCUCUUCAAGGUGCUGGAGGACUCUAGAGCUGUUCUCAUAGCCGCUAACAUGCAGCCGAACGAUCCGUUCCCACUCGACGACAAAAUCAAAGAAGCGUACUCUCACGUGGUGGAGAACACGGCGUUCUUCGGAGACGUGGCUCUGCGUUUCCCUCGUAUCGUCCAUCACUACUACGAUCGUAACGCGGACUGGAGUCGUCUGCUGCGCUGGGGUCUGCACUUCUGCAACCAGACGGGCGUCUUCAGCGGAGGAGCCCAUCAACACGUGCUCACGCUGAUGUCACAGGAGCUGGGGAUCACAGAGAGAUCGGCAGACUUCGUCAAUCCGUAUCGCACCGAACGAGACGACGUGCUGCACACGGCCGAGGCCUUCCAGAAGAUUCUCCGUGAGGAAGAGAAGAGGAGGAGGAAGGAGGAGAAGAGGAAAGAGAUCCGGAAAGGGCCGCGGAUCUCUCGCUCUCGCACCGAGUUAUAGAUCUGACUGAAGAUCAGCCGUUUACACUCAAUCAGGGAGCCCUGCUGAAUCUGUCACGGGCAUCGUCAAUGUUUACAGGAUCCAGAUUCACAACACUUGAAUCUGUUUCUGACUCUGAUUUAGGAGGAUCUUCAAUUGAGUCACUGCUUUUGAUGAGAGUGUGUGUUAGGGGAGGAGUCAGAGUGGUGGGAGGAGCAAGUGUGGGCGGGGUCAUUAUAACAUUCUGUGUAGAGUGGGUGGAGUCAGACUGAUGGGAGAGUUAACAGUGGUGGGCGUGGUCUGGGAUGGGCAGGAUUUGGGAACGUGGGCGUGGUCAAAGUGGGUCUGUGUCUUAGAUGAAGGCAUUUUGAACACUGAUAUUACAAUAUUUAACACUUGAUAUGUUUUGUUUAUAUACAUAUGAAAUUAAGUUGUUUAGAUUCAAUAUAAAUGCUUUAUUUGGGGGUACUUUAUAGCCUAAUAAGAGAAUUGUGGGUAAUUCAUGUAUUUCUGCUUUCUUUAGAAACUAUAAUUCAUGAAAAGAAUUGUAUAUUGUCAGUGAGUGUGUGCGUGAAGGAUGAGCAUUGAUGAUCUGAUCUGAGAUCAGAGCUGCACAGCUGUGAGAGAAACUGUUUAUGAAUGAUAUCAGUGUGAAUGUGUUUCUGAUUCACUGCUGUUUCUCCAGCUGCUGAAGUGAGACGAUCAUCUGAAACCGCUUCAGUCUGAGACGCUUUCAUAGAGGCUUUAUCGAUCUGUUCAUGUGACUGUUAUUGAAAUCUGUGCAGCAUCAGUGGGAGAUUAUUAUUGACAGAAUGAAUAAAGUCUAUUUAACAGA